AUGAAUUCCUCAAUAACUCCUCUUGUUACGAAUUCUCCAGAAUAUAAUUCAGUUUCUGCAAAUUUCAGAACCCAAUUCCAGCGUACAUUACCCAAAAUUCAUUCAAUUUUAAAGAUCAAGAUGUCAAAUCAAUUUAUGAAUCGAUUUGAAAAUUUUAAGAAACAAAAAAUGAAUUAUAGCAAAUUGCUAUUAUAUCAUGGCACAAAAUAUUCUUGUAAUAUUAAAGAUUUGAAGAGUACCGAGAUGUUAUGUUCCCAUCUUAAAUGUGGGGUCUGUGGUAUAAUUAAAAAUGGUCCGAAGUUAACCAUGGCGAAUAAUAAUGGUAAUGGAAGAUUUAUUUGGUUUGCACCAUUACCACAUGUCUCUCAUGGUUAUACAGGAAUAAUUUCAGUUCCUGGUCAGAUUUACCCAACCUCCAAAUUUGGAGCAAUUUUUAUGAUGGAUGUUAUAGAUGCGACUCCAUUCCAAAGUUGUUAUAUUGUUGGAAACGAAGAGUCUAGAUUUAUUGUGCCAUUAAAUAUUAUACCGAAGACAGUAAAAUGA